CGAAAAAUAAAGAUAAAAGCUUGUCGACAAACAAAUCAGAGCAAUGUUAUAUUUGAGAAAAGCCGGCGCGGACAUUUUUCUUCUACUUUCCCAACCGAAGCAGCUCUACAUAUAUAUGUACAUAACAUUGGGGCAUGUCUCUCCAGUUGGUGGUUCGGGAUCUCUCGAUGAAUUAGUCAGUCGCAGCGGGGAAGAUAUUACAUGUGCGUGCUAAAGGUGGCGAAUUCGAGAGACGCAAAGGAUGGGAGAGCUGACGGCUCGUGGCCCUACUGGGAGCCAUCGCAGUCGGGUCAAGAUAACCAGGCUGGGAUGAGGUUUCCCGGGCAUUUGACUAGAGAAAGAGAGAUGUCCGUGAUGGUAUCAGCUCUGGCACGUGUUGUAUCUGGGGAUGCAGCUCAGCAUUCGGAUUCCGGGAGCAGCUCUUCUGGCUCGGGAGGGUUUGCUCAGGAAUUCGGCUACUUUUCGCACGGUGGAACAGCAUCAUCCUAUAAUACUAUAACAGCUAUGGAGGGCCCAACUCCAAACUACAUAACUGCCAUCCACCCAGGAGACCAAUCUGAGGUCGUCCCUCCGACUUAUGAGUAUUCCACCAGCAGCAGUGAAGCCACAGCCAGGGAAUCAUCAUCAUCUGCCUCCCAGCCGAGAAGGAAGUACAGGGGAGUGAGGCAAAGACCGUGGGGUAAGUGGGCCGCCGAGAUCAGGGACCCGUUCAAGGCCACUAGGGUUUGGUUGGGCACCUUUGACACGGCUGAAGCCGCUGCCCGGGCCUAUGAUGAGGCCGCCCUCAGGUUCCGAGGUAACAAGGCAAAGCUUAACUUCCCUGAGAACGUCCGGCUCGUUACUACGAGCCCAUCAAAUUAUGGCUCCACGGAUCCCAGUUUCUCAGCUGCCAAUUCUUGGCCCGGUAUUCCUAGUACUGCAACAAGUUCCCAAGCUCCUCUUGAAAUCUCUAGGAGUUAUGUUAGUUUUCCUCAGGGACAUCAAAAACAGCCGAUGAGCCUGUACGAGCAAAUGUUUGCUCCUUCCUACCUAUCACCUGCCCGUUUUCCUGCUCCACCACACGGGCAGGGGCAGCCUCCGGGAUCAGGCAAUGGUAGUGCGGUCCAGGUUGACGAUGAAGAAUUUCCCUGGUUAGAUCUUGGCGGUCGGCAUAAUUAGUUCAGGGUAGGAGGCUUUCCAAAUUUUUUUCUUUAUUUUUGUUGUGGGCGCUUAAUUGUAUUUCCUGAAAGGUCAAGAUCUCCAGUUCCUUUCUGCUAUUUAAUGAUCUAUUAUGCAAAUUAUGGGCAAAGUUGCUUGACAUA